UUCUCUCUGCCACUUUCGUAAUCCACUAAUGUCUGAGGGACUAGAACCCGACUUCUCCAGUGAUGAGGUGUUUAACAGCCGGUUUCCCAUCCACCGCGCCUGUCGGGAUGGAGAUGUUGGAGCUUUGGUCUCACUGUUACAGCAGCUCUCAAACCAGGCUCAUCUGACUGCUGAGGACUCGUGCUACGGAUGGACCCCUAUACACUGGGCUGCUCACUAUGGGCAGUUGGAGUGUGUGGUGCGCCUGGUGCAGAUGGGUUGUGAGGUGAACACAGUGACCAGCCGCUUCAACCAGACACCCACACACACUGCAGCGUUUGGAGGACAUCCUCACUGUGUGGUCUGGCUGACUCAGGCUGGAGCCGACGUCAACAUGCAGGAUUUUGUAGGUGAGGCUCCCAUCCACAAGGCGGCUCGUUCAGGUAGCUUGGAGUGUAUCCAGGUCCUGUUGAUAGCAGGUGCUAAGCCACAUUUAAGGAAUGCCAGUGGGCAGACAGCAGCGGACCUGGCCCACGCUCACGGCUUCCUCGACUGUUUCUGCCUCAUCUCCAAAACCAAGAAGCACCUGCUGCAGCUCAGUGGACUCCAUGGGAAUGGAGUACAGAAUGGAGACAGCGCCCCAUGUGGUCAGGGCCUGCUCAGCAGAAAGAGGCUGCUGACCGCGGCGGACACUGGUCACAUGAAGAAAGCCAGGGGAGCUGAUACAGAUGUUUUGGUACAGAUGCAGGGCAGUGGAGGUGAGGAGCUGGAGAGCAUGAACAUGGAGUCUGCACAGGAGCUCAACUCAGCAGGUGACGACACCGAAGCCACCACCAAUGGCCAUUGUCACGCACUGCCUUAUGCCGACCAGGAUGGCCGCGAGCCCCCCAAAAGCAUCUCCUCACCGCCUUCCGCUCCAGCCAAUCAGCGGCCCGCAGCGGCAGCAGUGCCUGCUCAGCACGCUGACAUGUGUGGCUCCCUGCAUCUGAGCGGCAGUCCCAGCAGCUGUGUGUCCCAUCGCCCGCCCCGGCGGGGGCUGAUAGGAGCAGACUGCGGGGACUUCCUGCAUUACGGACACUACCACGGCUUCGGAGACACCGCGGAGGAGCUGAGCGACAGCAGCUGCCUCGACUACAGCAGCAGCAUCCGGGCCGAGCACAGAUACAAGCAGGCCGUGGCCAGCACCAUCCACCUCUACCACGACUCCUAAAGGACACGCGUCGCAGAGGAUUGCCUUUCACAGCCAGCCUCCUGGAAACAGGGAAGCACUGCUCUUUUAUAUGCCUUCUCUUAACAUUUGCAUUAAAGAACAGUCUCACAUUUUGGGGAAUCAUUAAUUUGCUGCCAAACGCAGAGUCACUACUGCUACAGCCAUCCAGGACAUGUUGAACCUCGUUUGAUGAAAAUAUUCCGAACUCAAAGUUCACUCGCUGGCCUUUUCAACUGCAUCUCAUGGUCUUCAUCAGUGGAUGGAGCUUGCUGGAGGAAGAUCAGAUCAGGAAGAUCAGGACAGCAUUCACAUCUAUAAUCUUUGAACAGAGACAGGGCUUACGAUCACACUCCCCACCCCAUAUUGGAAAGCCUAUCUUCA